AUGACCAAAAUAUUAACAAAAUAGCUCGUAAUGCAGAAGGCGAAAACAGAUGUGAUGGAGAAUAUUAAGUCUAUCAACUUAUGGGGAAACGAUUUAGAAGAUAUCUCCUUUAUUUCACAAUUGAUUAAUUUAGAGAUAGCUUAGUUGGCUUCUAAUAAAAUAAAUACCUUGAAAGAUGUAGUCAAGUGCUCUUAGCUUAAAGACCUGAAUUUAAGAAAUAAUGUUAUCUCUAAUAUUGAAGAGUUACAAUUAUUAAAACUAUUGCCAAAUUUGAAAGCAUUAAAUCUUUUAUAUAAUCCUGUUACUUAAAAUCACAAUUAUAGAUACUAAGUCUUAAAACAUGCACCUUAAUUAGAGAUACUGGAUGAGAUAGCCAUAUCUUAAUAGGAAAGACGAUAAGUUUAAUAAGAAGAGGAGAAAGAAAAUUAAAUUAAAUAGAAAGUAUUGAAGAACCAUCAAAAAAUUAAGAAAAUUGAGUCUAAAAUUUCCAUUAAAAAAUCUCAAGAUAAAAAAUAGAAAUCUAUAGUAGACAAGGAUUUUGUAUAAAAGUUGAGUUAGUAAUAGGAAGUUAAUAAAAAAUUGUAAGAAAUUGAUCAAUUUUUUAAUGAUCAAUCACAAGAAUUACAGGAUUCAUUUAUAUAGGAUUCAUAGGAAAUAAAUUUUUCAAAUGAAAACAAAAAUAUGUAAAUGCUGGUUGGAGAUAGGGCUUCCUCACAAAGUUAAAUAAACAAUAAAAUAUAAGAAGAAGAAAUACCAAUCCAAAUACAGAAAAGCGAUUAAAUUAUAAAAGCAAUGCAACCGAAAUAAAAUUCAAAAAAGAAAUCAAGCAGUAAAAGAAAAGAAGAUUAAGGUAAUUCCUCAUAAAUUCUGUGUGCCAUAUUGUCAUUAUUAGAAGUACUAAAGAAAAAGGAGAUAUCUUUUCUUAGAAGAAAAGUUGAAAAAAAAAUAAAGAAAUAUAAAUCAUGA